AUGGAGCCCCCUCCCUCCAACCGUUCUACAUUCAACCCCGCGGCUUCCUCCUCCUCUUUCCUCCUCCUGGGCAUCCCUGGGCUGGAAGCGCUGCACACCUGGCUGGCUCUGCCCUUUGGCUCCUUGUACCUGAUGGCCCUGCUGGGCAACUGCACCCUUCUCCUGCUCAUCAAGACGGACCCCAGGCUCCACCACCCCAUGUACCUCUUUCUCUGCAUGCUGUCCCUCACGGACCUGGUGCUGUCCACCUCAGCGCUGCCCAAGAUGCUGGCCAUCUUCUGGCUCGAUGCCAGAAGCAUUGGCUUUAGCAGCUGCCUGGUCCAGAUGUUUGUCAUUCAUGCCUUCACGGCCAUGGAAUCCGGCUUCUUCCUCGCUAUGGCGUACGAUCGCUACGUGGCCAUUUGCCAACCCCUGAGGCACUCUGCCAUCCUCUCGGGCAGCCGCAUCGCCUCCAUCGGCAGCGCAGUCCUGGCCAGGGGACUGGUGUUCUUCUCCCCACACCCCUUCCUGGUGGGGAGGCUGCCCUUCUGCGGGCCCAAAGUCAUCGCCCACAGCUACUGCGAGUUCAUGGCGGUGGUCAAGCUGGCUUGUGCAGACACUGCCGUCACAAAGGCCUACAGCCUGACGGUGGCAUCGCUGAUUGGCACCUUCGAUGUCCUCUUCAUUGGGCUGUCCUACGGCCUCAUCCUGCGCACAGUCUGCCAGCUGCCCUCCAAAGAGGCCGGCCUCAAGGCCUUGGGCACCUGCGGGUCCCACAUCUGCGUCAUCCUGGUCUUCUACAGCACGGCUGUUUUCACCUUCCUCACCCAUCGCUUCAGCCACGGCAGCAUCCCGCCUCAGGUCCACAUCCUCGUGGCCAACGUCUACCUGCUGAUACCACCCACCCUGAACCCCAUUAUCUAUGGGGUGAGAACUAAGCAGAUCCGUGAGCGAGUGCUGAGGGGGUUCCAUUGGAAGAGGGCCUCGUAA